UACAAAUAUUAUGUAAAGUUCUAAAUUUGCACCCUCAGACAAAAACAAAACAACAACAACAGCAAAAAACAUUGAAAAUACAUUAAGCUACAACAUAAUAGUUUUGAUUUGUUUGAUAUUUUUGUUAUUAUCCUGAAAUAUGAAAAAUAGUAGUAAUAACGGCUGAGUAGAUGUGUCCAAAACUUAUACUGUCCUGUACUUCACUGGUCUUGUACAUGCAUAAAUACUUCAAUUAGACUACACAAUAUGGUUCUAGGACGUAGAAUUGUAGUUACAACCACAGUGAAGCUGAAGUUAAAAUUAGACAGAAACACUGUGAAAGGGACAUCAGUCACCAUUCCCUUUUUCAGUCGAUUGUGUCUGAUUUCAGUCUGAAUGUGUGACGUCAGUACCUGCUGGAGCCAUUCUCUGCUGUCGGUUGGCCGUUCUAAUGCACUUUGUACGCAGACAGAAAUGAAUGGUUGGAAAUACCCUGAUUUACCAAUAAAGAGUGCGUUUUACAGGCGCUGUCUGCUUCAUUAUGUUCUAUUCUUGACACAUUGUGUGUUGUUAAAGACCAGAAAUGUUCUACCAGGGUGGUGCCAAUUCAACAAACAGGAUGUGACAUUAAAAAGAUUUCCUAGAGAUAGUGAAUGGAAGACAAGGAGUGGGCCUCACAUGUGACUUAACAAUAGUAGCGAAUUUCAGACCUUAUUUUAGGCCAUCACUAAAAUAUUCACCACAGCCGGUGAGUCACUGGUGGAUAUUUGCAGUGGUCAGUUCAAGGCUAAAAAGGCUGUUUUGCUUUCAGUAAUAUUUAACUGGCUGGUUUUGGCCACAUCCCACAGUGGCCAAGAAACUGCUACUAUAUUGACUGCGGGAAACAUGAUUUCUGUUUAACCUCUCUGGAAUGCUGUAUAGCUCAUCCUGGAAUACUCAAGAACAAUGGCCUAACUGUUUCUCUGGCAAUAUGCAUGGCCACAUCCUCCAGCUGUGUGUAAUCCAAGCUGUAGCCUCUUUUAUCCAUCUAGAACCUAAGAACGCUACUGUGUUACGAGGUAGUGAGGUCCACUUUAACUGCAGCACCGAUGAAUCCUGGGAUGUCAUGACGUGGCUGUUGGGUGGAAGGACAGUCCUCACUAUUUCGGUGGUACAUGGUCCUCUGGGCAGUGAUGAGAGUGUGUCCACAGUCAAUCACUCCAUGUCAUCUCUGUCAGUGUGGGAGUUAGUUCUGAUGAACGCUUCCUUCAGCCCCACUCUACAGGAAGUCACAUGUGAACUGCUGCCAACGAAACUCGGCAGAUCCUCAUCAGCUCUGUUUGUACAAGAAAAAGGAAACGUCAGGAUUUUGGAGAGUGAUCAGUCAGUUCAAGAGGGGAUGCUUGUUAUCUUCCAUUGCCAAGCGAGUGGCUGGUAUCCGGACCCUUCAGUGUCCUGGGUGGUCAACGGCACCACUGUGGACAGAGGCGACUACAACACCAGCAGUCUUCAGGACCCCAGUGGCCUUUUCGGCUCCACCAGUGUGCUUCAGAUGAAAGCAGAGACGAGCACCACGGUGGAGUGCUGGGCAUCUGUGUCUGCCGCUCGAGCCCACCAGAGCAGCAGUGUCAAGCUGACUGUAGUGGCACCGAAAACCCCACAGGACUACACAGUUGUGAUCGCUGUGAUAGUGUCGGUGUGUAUGAUCAUUCUGCUGGCAGUGCUCAUCCUGUUCUUGUACUAUAGAAAAAAAGUGAAAAAAUCAAGCUCUGAAAAUAAAAUAAGCGCCUCUUUGUGGACUGUCGAUUUAAGCAGUAGGAGGAGGUCUGUUGCUGAUGAAACCAGAGGAAAAGUUAACCUAGGAUACUACGCUGAAGAUGUGACAAGUUCAGGACACCAUGACCUCAGGAACAGAGCUGACAUCAUCAGCCCUCCGCGGGUUCCUGAUAUCAUCAUUUUCCGCUCUCAAAAUCAGAAAGAGGAAGAUUUUUCUAACUUGUACUACAAGGGAGGAAAGACAAUCCGUCGGGUCACCACUGUUUGACCUCAGGGUCAACCCCACAUCAACCACCCACUGCAAGAACGAGCCAGCUUUCUGUUCAAAGAGACGCCACAAAUUUAGUCUGAGCUUAUUGUUACUCCAAAGAGGUCUUACAUGCUGAAGAUGAAGAUGUGGUGGCUUGCAUGUCAGGAGUAUGGAGACAUAUUAUAAUCAUAUGAGUCCUGCAGUCAACUGCAUGCAAUCAUUCAUAAUCAUGGCUGCUGAUAAAUCAGCCACUUUAACACUGCAUUUGUUCUUUUUCAGAAAUAAUUCAAUUGGACGUGAUUAUUUUGUAACUUAUUCAAAUGAAAAUAUUUAAGUAAUUUUUUGUUAAUCAAUACUUUUUUACACAGUUUUGUACAUCAGUAUAUGCAUCGUCAUCAAUAUAUGUAGAGGGCUGCACUGAGGAUAUAUUUUUGAGGACCAAACCAGAAGUUGACAUUACCCUGGUUCCAUCAACAAAAAUCCAACUGUAUUUUUCCAAUGGCUUUUGGAAUAUUGAAGAAAAUAAGCACUGAGAGCAACAAAAGUUUAUAAUUACACGUUUUGCUCAUCAUGAUAAUUUUCACAAAUCUUCACAACUGAAGCCUAAAUAAAAUUGGCAGAAGUAAAAAGAUAAAUAUAGGAUAUAAAUAAACAUAGGCUAUAAAUAAAAUCUUUCAAUUCUUAUUAAAAUGAAAGAAAAUUGUGAGUUAGAGUUAUCAUAAUCUAGUUUGCAAGAGAAUGAUUACAAACACAAUGUGCUGUGAACUAGUAAGUAGUAGCUUAGUUUACCCUUUUCAGGACAACAUUUCAUGUCCAUGAUGUAAAUGUAAAUGACAGCAGCCGCCUUUUACAAGAAAGUAAAAGCUUCAAAAAAGUCGGUAUUAUGCAUAUGUCUUUUUUUUUUUUUUUUUUUUUGUCAUAGAAUCAAAUGUGAAAAUUCUUGAACAUUUUUAAUGAAAUCAUUUAACCACAAACCCAUUCAAAAACACAUUGACCAGGGCAAUGGAACCCAUUGAUAAGUGAUAAAAUGUGAACUGAUUUCUGGGUUUUGUCCUAUAAAAAUGUGUCAUCUAUGCAUCAAUUUAUUUUAUUUAUUUUAUUAUUAUUUUUUUUUUUUGAAAAAGAAAAUUAGUGUUACAGUGUAUCUUUGCAAUAAAAUACUGUACUGUUAAGUAUUGCUUGAUAUACGGAAUAGCGUUCUUGAGUAUUAAA